AUCGGAGUUCUCGUGCCGAGCGGUCGAUUCAUACGCUAGCCCUGGGCGAACCGUCGGCAGUCGCGCCGGCGCCGCCGUCGGCGAUGGACCACGACGAGGACAGGUCCUUGUCUCUGGGGACGGAGGUCUCUGCCUCCGUGCCCCCACCGAGCCCUCUCACGGGAUGUUAUUUGCUCGCGGUGAUCGGGGAGCCCCACACUCACGAGCACAAGGAGAUUAUUCUGCAGCGACUUGUUAAAGGUCUGCUGUCAUGGGACUCUGGCGAGCACCAGGUCGAUUUGGAGAAGGAGUUAUCCACCCUCACGGCGCAGGCACCCGAGGGGGAGGAAGCUCGAUAUGGCGAACGUCUGAUCCAGUUCGCAUCAGAGAACCUGGUGACAGAGAUCCUGAUUCACCCCCAGAUGAACACGCUGAUGCAAUGCAUGCGCAACUUGCUCAGCUCAUUCACGAGGCACCGACACCUCGUGCACGCUGGAUAUACUUUUGCUGGGAACGGCUCCUGGAUAAUGCAGGACGGGACCUUUUCCCUAGCUGAUUUCACUGACGCAUACCAAGAGAAUGAGGUUCAGCGCGUGAUCCGCGCUUACGAGAACUCCAUCUCCAUUGACGUUCACUGCUCCACCAGCGGUGGGGGCGAAUGGGCCAAGCUCCCUGAGAUGCCCUUCGUUAAAUACUGCAAGAUUAGGGUCAACCCUACUGAUAUAUUGGACUCUGGCUCUCAAGCCAUCAAGGAUUUUAUUGCAUACCUGGACCCAUACAUAGUGCCAGCCAGCCUGGACCAGCUCCUGGUGUCGAGCGACGUCGUGGGCAACAUCAGGUUCAGCCACCCGACGCUCUACGUGUUCCCAGGGGGGCAGGGCGAUGCUGCACUCUUUGGCAUUAACGGAUUUAAUAUGCUUGUUGACGGAGGCUUCUCCCGCAAAGCAUGCUGGUGGGACUUCGCGCGCCACCUGGAUCGUCUGGACGCGGUCCUGUUCACUCGCAUCAACAACUGCUCCAUGUCAGGCAUGGCUUCUGUGUUGCGCCGCAAGGCCAGCGCCACUGUCUACCCACAGAUUGGACAUUUCUUCUGUAAUUUAGAGGAACGCCGCGCUCUCGCGAGCCCCGACGGUGACAAGGACUCGGAUCCCCUGCUGGUCUCCCUGCUGCAGGAGGGAUCAGACAUGAUGGCAGACCUGCGGCAUAUCAACCUCAAGCCACAGCACUGCUACAGGAGCCCGGAGCCCAUUAACUUGUACCACAAAGUUGGACAUGGAACCCUAGACAUGUACGUACUGAAUCCUUCAAAGGACUCCAAAUACGUUCGUGAAUUCCUAAAACGUUGGCACAACAGUGAACAGAAACUAUUCGAAGGCGCUAGUGUAUCUGGGCAAUUUAAUUUCCCCAUUCCAAACUUAGUAUCAAUAUGCGCGUUACUAGUGUGGCGCCCAGCCAAUCCAGACGAUACGAUUACAAGGAUAAUGUUCCCAGGAUCGACACCACAACACAAAAUAUUUGAAGGUUUAGAAAAGCUUAAACAUUUAGAAUUCCUACAGCAUCCCACUUGUACGGGAAGACAGAUGGCUCCUACGACGCCACCAGCUACUACAACAGCAACGACAGUCACAACUACAAAAACUAGCAUUAAAACGACAGUAAAACCCAGCAAAGACAGAAGUAUAAUCUCUGAUAAGACGAAAGAAGAUAAAAUUGUUGAACCUGAGCCUCCACCAAAGGACCUCAAAGAAGGAGAAACAAAAAAUAUUAUAGAUAAUAAACUGCUCAGUGAGCUCGUAGACGAGGAAGAUAAAAUUGAAUCCGUUUUACAUGAUGCAAUAACUGCCAGAAUAGAAACUAAACUAGAUGAUAAGAUUGCUCAAUAUGAGAGCACUGUGAUAGACGGUUUGCCUAAAAAAAGAGAAGUUAAAAAGAAAGCUGUGGAUAAGAAAACUAAACGCGUUGAUAAGACUGAUGAAGUAAAAGAUACCGUAGUUAAGGCUGAUACAAAAAAAGUUGACGCUGAACCAAAAGCUAAAUUAGAAAAGAAAACUAAAGUUGAUACUCGAAAAUCUGAAAUGACAUCGUCAAUGUCAAGGACUAAACUCAGUCAUCGUACAACACGUGCAGUUUCAGAAAGAAAAACAGUUGCAAGCUCUGACAAAAAAGCUGCGGCUGAAGAUAAGAAAUCGCCUCCUACUACUCCUAAAAAGACAGUGGAAGCUAGACCUACUCCAUCCGUACCAGCGAUUAAAGACAAAAUUAAAGCCAAACCUAGAAGACUGAGCCCUGGUAGCACCCCAGCCAAAAGCACUAAAGAGGCGAAAAAUCGUAUGGUUGUUGAAUCAAAAUACAAGCAGUCAUCACCUAAACGAGACAUUGCAGCAAAAUCAACUGAAAAGAAAGAAACUAAAGCUAAACGAGAACCAAUUUCACGCCGGCCGCGACCAUUAUCAUCACCAGUGAAAGGAUUAAAAGCUAUGAAGAGUCCAACUAAAUCUGUUAAGUCAGUUAAAGCUGAUUCUUCCAAGUUAAAAGGUUUACAAAGGGUUAACUAUGAAGAUAUUCUUAAAGAUGCUAAGAAAUCUGAUGAAGAUACUUCGAAAUCUCUCGAUGAUAUAAAGCAGCAAGAAUUAGAUGAGAGGGAAGAACAAGAAAUUGUAAGAGAAAUAGAAGCGGUAUUUAACAGGGACAGCGAAGCUGAAGAAAAAAUUGAAUUUGUGGGACGAUCGGAUAUCGAAAAAAUCACUUGCUUAUUAGACGAUACCAAAACUGAAACGACUGCCGACGGUGAAUUUGAAGAGGAAUAUUUAAUAAUUGAAAAAGAAGAAGUUGAGCAAUACACUGAAGACUCAGUUUUAGACCGAGAAGAUAGCCAUGACCACGAGGAGGAAUUACAAAAACAUGCCAAAGAUAAGGAAGAAUCAGAGAAAAAGAAAGAUGUAACAAUUUUAGAAAAAGACAAACCUGACGAUACCCAAAUAAUGACAGAAGCGGUUAUCGAAACGGAAGCAAAGCAAAUUGAAUCAAAAGAACAUUCUGUGAGCGUAGAGGAAAAACAAGAUAUUAGCAGUGAAAAGAAAACUUCUGAUAGUAAGAGUAUUCCCAAGCCCAAAGAUUCUCUUGAAAUGCAGGUUCAAGAGUCUCAGCCGGAUGAGAAAAUAUCUACUACUAUCGAAUCUGGAGCCACAACUGCGCCUACUUUACCUGAAGAUGAAAGAAUAACUCUUGAUGAUAUCAAAGAAGAUCAACAAGUUGAAGAGAAAUAUAUUCAAGAAGAAACAAAAGAAGUGGUUCCACCUCAAAGCUUGGUUGAUACAACGAAACCACUUUCAUUAGAAAAAAGUCCUAAAUUGGAGUCUGUACCAGUGCCAAUCCGAGAAAUCGUCAAGACUCCUGAUGAAGUAGCUGACCUACCCUUGCACGAAGAAGUAGACUACAGGACUUAUGUAGAAAAGAAGACACCGGAAGAAGAACCCUUUAAACGUAAAGUGGAAGAUAUCAAAGUUCCAAAAGAUCUUCCACUUUCUGACGUAGAAGGUACUUUCAAAGGAACCAAAGCCGUCCAGGAAGACGUGGUAGUAAAAACUGUUCAAAGUGCAUCGCAUGCUGAACUCGUUACUGUUACCCCUGGAUCAGCACCAGAAUCUCCAAUGUACCAUGAGCAAAUGAAGGUAUCUGCAGUUCCUGACAAAGAUUUGCAGCCCGUUAAAGAAUAUGAUGAUGGUGAAUAUGACUAUGGUCAGUACACUGAGAAAUUAAGAGAAACUCAUAUUACAACUCUUGAUUCACCUAUCAAAGAUGAUAUAAUUGUUAUUGAAGAGAUCCCGUGUAUGCCCGAGAAAAUCCCGUCAAUACCUGAAGAUGUGGAAAAAGAAAUUGAAGAAGCUCGAAAAUUAGAAAUGGCGGAUAAACCUCCCUUAAGUCCUAAAGAAGUAGAAAAAAUUGUAGCAGAUGUUGCUGAAGUCCUUAAGUCAGAUAAAAGCUUGGAUGAAAUCAUGGCUGAAAAGUCUCCUUUGCUAAGUAAAUCACCUGAAGCCUUUCCAAGUAUGGAUAAAACAGUUAGUGUCAUUGAAGCGACCAAGAUGCUUUUGAGCAGUGAACAAGAAAUUAAACACGAUUUACGAGAUGAAGUCAAAGACACUAAGGCUCUUGACGCUAAACCAAUUCAUGAAAUUACAGACACAAUACAAAAAGAAGUAUCACCAGUGAGAUCAAUUACAUCAGAAGAAGUCAGUGAAACCUCAGACAAGACUGUGCUCAGUGAAGGUAAGCGAGUUAAACGAGAACUCUUGGAGGAAAAAAUAAAAGAUAAAGUUGACGAUAUCAAAGAAAGUUUAGAUGAACCAAAAACGACAAGUAUCGACAUUACUGACCAUGCAAUUGUUGAUAAGAAAGAACAUCCCGUAGAAAAAGAAGAUAUCGAAGAAAUAAAACCACAAAGAAGAGUCAGUACAACAUUAGAAUCAGCCAAGACAUUAGAAAAACUUGAAGAGAAAAUUGCGGAUCUGAAGAGGAAAGAAGAAGAGAAAAUACAAGAUAAAAUUGAAAUGACUGAAACGAAGGUUUCUGAAAAGAGCGACAGCUUAGAAAAAGAACCUGUGAUACCUGUUAAACAAUUAAGUCCAGAAAAAGAACUCAAAGAAGAAACUUCAAAAGAAAAACCUGUUAUAGAGGAAAAAGAAUCAAUUCCUGAUAGAGAAAUACCUAAGAAAACAUUACUUCAAAAGGCUGAAACCAAGGUCGAAAAAGUGGCUGGAAAAGUUUCAGCCUUUAAAGAUGAAGUAUUUGGAUUCUUUGGCAAAAAGACUGACAAAAAAGAACCUAGCCCAGACAAAGAUGCCACAGAAAGUAAGAAAAAAAUAAUUCCAGAGAAAGAAAUAAGCCCCGUGGAAAAAAAAGAAACUGUCAUGAAACCAGCAGUAGAUGACGUCAAAAAAGAAAAACCAGAAGUAUCUAUAUUUGAAGAAAUGAAGGAACAAGAUAUUGAUAUUACUGAAAAAGUUGAUAAAGAAAAACUUGCUAGUCCAAGUUUCCCAGAAGAUAAGUUCCCUAGUUUAAUUUAUGACGAAGAUCAAGAAUUAGACAUUGAGGAAAGGCUGAUUGGUUUUGAACCUACGGGUAAACCAGAAGUUGUAACAUCAACAGAAUCAACCAUAAUUACCGAAAAAGGCAUUAUGGUAACCCGAAAAUCCACAAUAACAACUAUUGUACAAGAAUACAGUAAUGUGACUAAGACAAUUUUAAGAUACAAAACAACUGUUUUAACUAUUGAAAAUGAUGAACUUCCUGAUGGUACAAAAUUAGAGCGAACUUACCGAAAAGUAUCCCUUGCACAUGAACGACCGAAGAUCAGCCCAACAAAGCCUGAUAAAGAAAUACCUAGCUCAAUCAAGCAUGAAGAAAAAGAAGUUACUCCAGUCAAAUCUGAUGAGGCACUAUCAGCUGAUGCUAAGCCUUUGAGUGAGACUACACUAGAAGAAAAACCAAGCUUAAUUUAUGAUGAAGAUCAAGAACUUGAAAUUGAAGAGAGGCUUAUGGGUUUCGAGCCUACAAAAGAACGUGAAGAAAUAACCACAACUGAAGUUCAAUCGGUCACUGAAAAGGGUAUUCUUAUCCAAAGAAAAUUGAUUGUAACGACAAUCGUUCAAGAGUAUACAAAUGUUACAAAAACAAUGUUCCGAUAUAAAACCACUAUUUUAACUUUUGAAGAAGACGAGUUGCCUGAUGGUAACAAAAUAAGUAGAACUAUCAGAAAAGUCUCGCUUGCGUAUGAAAAACCAAAGUUAAAACACGAGGACGAAACAGGCGCAGGUAAAGAUAAAAAAUCUCUUAGGCCUGAAAAGGAUAUAUCGAGUCCUAUUAAAGACGACGAAUUGUCACCGACUUCAAUUAAGACUGCUGAACCCGAAGAGAAAGUAUCUAGUCCACAAGUAUCUGAAGAAGGAGAAAUACCAGUACUUAUCUCGGACCAAGCUCAAGAAUUAGAAAUUGAAGAAAUGCUGAAAGAAUAUACGCCUUUGGGCAAAGAAGAAGAACACACUAAAAGCAAAACUGAAAUGGUUACACAUAUGGGUGUCAUCACGCACAGAACAUCGAUUAUAACAACAACUAUCCAAAGUUAUAAGCAUAUCGUCACUAACUUUGUGAAAUAUAAGAUAUGCAUUGUAGCAAAUGAAUGCGACGAACAUCAAGACGGCUCGAGAUACACUCGAGUAAUGCGACAAAUGAAACUUGUCGACAAGCGACCUGAUCCUAUACCUUUUGAAUUUGAAGUCAGAUUACCACUUCCUGAAGAAGAAGCUGUCAGGACACAAAAACUAAUCAAACUUGAGAAUAUUUCUGAUCAUGAAAAACUAGAUGACGAACCUGAAAAAGAAAAAGACGAUUUUGAUGGGGAGAAGCCAAAAACUGUGGUUGAGUUUGAUAAGCCAAUCCAUGCCAGCCAAUCGCUUGAAAUUAUAAAACCAGAUGGGAAAACACCAAUGUUAAUUUGUGACGAAGCUCAAGAGUUAGAAAUAAAUGAAAGGUUAAAAGAAUUCACUCCGUUAGGGAAAGCUGAAGAGCACACUACAAGCAAAGUUGAAACGGUAACUUUUAAAGGCUUUAUUACGCAAAGAGAAUCUCUAAUAACGACAGUUAUUCAAGAAUACAAACAUGUCACCAAAAAGGUGGUUAGGUACAGGAUAUGUAUCAUGACCAUUGAAGAGGACAAACUUCCAGAUGGCAGUAUAUACUCAAGAGUAAUAAGACAAAUGAAACUUGUCGACAAGAAACCGUAUCCCAUUCCUUUUGAAUUUGAAGAUAAAUUACCCAUACCCGAAGAUGAAACUUCACCUAAAAUGAAAUCUGAUCGCCCUCUUCAACUUGAUGACAAAUUAUUGACAAAAGUCAAGUAUGAUAAGGAAGCACCAAUCCUUGUUGAUGGUAGGGCUUUAAUUGAGCCGGAUGACGUUAAAAGUAAAGUUAAACUUGACGAAAAGACACCGAGCCCAAUCUAUCUUGAUGACAAGACUGCGAGCCCCAUCAAGCGAGAUGAGAAAGAAUUUACUGAUCUAAUGGUUGAUGCGAAGAAACCAAGCCCCGUCAAGACUGAUGAGAAGGCGCCAAGCCCUGUCAAGCCCGAUGAGAAGGCGCCAAGCCCCGUCAAGCCCGACGAGAAGUCACUAAGCCCUCUUGAACAUGAUGACAAAGUUCCAAGCCCCGUCAAGCCUGACGAAAAAGAGCCAAGCCCAUCCAAACUCGAUGAGAAGGCACCUAGUCCUGUUGAGCUUGAUGAGAAGGCAUCAAGCCCCUACGACGAAGUAGGAAGAAAAUUGAGCGCUAUUCCUCUGGAUGAAAAAGCACCCAGUCCAGUUAAAUCAGAAGAUAAGGCACCAAGCCCCGUCAAGCCCGAUGAGAAAGCGCCAAGCCCCGUCAAGACCGACGAGAAAGCGCCAAGCUCCGUCAAGCCCGACGAAAAGGAGCCAAGCUCAGUCAAGCUCGAUGAGAAGGCACCUAGUCCUGUUGAGCUUGAUGAGAAGACACCAAGCCCCGACGAGGAAGUAGAAAGAAAAUUGAGCGCUAUUUCUCUUGAUGAAAAAGCACCCAGUCCACUUAAAUCAGAAGAUAAAGCACCAAGCCCCGUCAAGCCCGAUGAGAAAGCGCCAAGCCCCGUCAAGACUGACGAGAAAGCGCCAAGCUCCGUCAAGCCUGACGAGAAAGAGCCAAGCCCCAUCAAGCCCGAUGAGAAAGCGCCAAGCCCCGUCAAGCCAGAUGAGAAGACACCAAGCCCCGUCAAGCCUGACGAAAAGGAGCCAAGCUCAGUCAAGCUCGAUGAGAAGGCACCUAGUCCUGUUGAGCUUGAUGAGAAGACACCAAGCCCCGACGAGGAAGUAGAAAGAAAAUUGAGCGCUAUUUCUCUUGAUGAAAAAGCACCCAGUCCACUUAAAUCAGAAGAUAAAGCACCAAGCCCCGUCAAGCCCGAUGAGAAAGCGCCAAGCCCCGUCAAGACUGACGAGAAAGCGCCAAGCUCCGUCAAGCCUGACGAGAAAGAGCCAAGCCCCAUCAAGCCCGAUGAGAAAGCGCCAAGCCCCGUCAAGCCAGAUGAGAAGACACCAAGCCCCGUCAAGCCUGACGAAAAGGAGCCAAGCUCAGUCAAGCUCGAUGAGAAGGCACCUAGUCCUGUUGAGCUUGAUGAGAAGACACCAAGCCCCGACGAGGAAGUAGAAAGAAAAUUGAGCGCUAUUUCUCUUGAUGAAAAAGCACCCAGUCCACUUAAAUCAGAAGAUAAAGCACCAAGCCCCGUCCAGCCCGAUGAGAAAGCGCCAAGCCCCGUCAAGACCGACGAGAAAGCGCCAAGCUCCGUCAAGCCUGACGAGAAAGAGCCAAGCCCCAUCAAGCCCGAUGAGAAAGCGCCAAGCCCCGUCAAGCCAGAUGAGAAGACACCAAGCCCCGUCAAGCCUGACGAAAAGGAGCCAAGCUCAGUCAAGCUCGAUGAGAAGGCACCUAGUCCUGUUGAGCUUGAUGAGAAGACACCAAGCCCCGACGAGGAAGUAGAAAGAAAAUUGAGCGCUGUUUCUCUUGAUGAAAAAGCACCCAGUCCAGUCAAAUCAGAAGACAAGGCACCAAGCCCCGUAAAGCCCGACGAGAAAGUGCCAAGCCCCGUCAAGGAAGAUGAAAGAAAACUGAGCGCUAUCUCUAUUGAUGGGAAAGCCCCCAGUCCAGUCGAACAAAAAGAAACUGCAGUUAGCUCCAUCGAACUUGAUAAGAAAGGAUCAAGCACCAUCAAGCCUGAUGAGAAGGCGCCAAGCCCUGUCAAGCCCGAUGAGAAGUCACUUAGCCCUCUUGAUCAUGAUGACAAAGUUCCAAGCCCCGUCAAGCCUGAGGAAAAAGAGCCAAGCCCAUCCAAGCUCGAUGAGAAGGCACCUAGUCCUGUUGAGCUCAGGGAGAAGGCGCCAAGCCCCGUAAAGGGAGACGAAAGAAAAUUGAGCGCUAUUUCUCUCGAUGAGAAAGCACCCAGUCCAAUCAAAUCAGAAGAUAAGGCACCAAGCCCCAUCAAGCCCGACGAUAAAGCGCCAAGCCCCGUCAAGCCCGACGAGAAAGCGCCAAGCCCUGUCAAGCCUGACGAAAAAGAGCUAAGCCCAUCCAAGCUCGAUGAGAAGGCACCUAGUCCUGUUGAGCUCGAUGAGAAGGCACCAAGCCCCGUCAAGCCCGACGAGAAAGCGCCAAGCCCCGUCAAGCCUCACGAGAAAGAGCCAAGCCCCAUCAAGCCCGAAGAGAAGUCACCAAGCCCUCUUGAACAUGAUGACAAAGUUCCAAGCCCCGUCAAGCCUGACGAAAAAGAGCCAAGCCCAUCCAAGCUCGAUGAGAAGGCACCAAGCCCCGUCAAGGAAGACGAAAGAAAAUUGAGCGCUAUUUCUCUGGAUGAGAAAGCACCCAGUCCAGUCAAAUCAGAAGACAAGGCGCCAAGCCCCGUCAAGCCCGAUGAGAAAGCGCCAAGCCCUGUCAAGCUCGAUGAGAAGGCACUUAGCCCUCUUGAACAUGAUGACAAAGUUCCAAGCCCCGUCAAGCCUGACGAAAAAGAGCCAAGCCCAUCCAAGCUCGAUGAGAAGGCACCUAGUCCUGUUGAGGUCGAUGAGAAGGCACCAAGCCCCGUCAAGGAAGAUGAAAGAAAAUUGAGCGCUUUUUCUCUCGAUGAGAAAGCACCCAGUUCAGUCGAAUCAGAAGACAAGGCACCAAGCCUUGUCAAGCCCGAUGAGAAAGCACCAAGCCCCGUCAAGCCUCACGAGAAAGAGCCAAGCCCCAUCAAGCCCGAUGAGAAGGCGCCAAGCCCUCUUGAACAUGAUGACAAAGUUCCAAGCCCCGUCAAGCCUGACGAAAAAGAGCCAAGCCCAUCCAAGCUCGAUGAGAAGGCACCUAUUCCUGUUGAGCUCGAUGAGAAGGCACCAAGCCCCGUCAAGGAAGAUGAAAGAAAAUUGAGCGCUAUUUCUCUCGAUGAGAAAGCACCCAGUCCAAUCAAAUCAGAAGACAAGGCACCAAGCCCCGUCAAGCCUGACGAGAAAAUGCCAAGCCCCGUCAAGCCCGACGAGAAAGCGCCAAGCCCCGUCAAGCCCGACGAGAAAGCACCAAGCCCCGUUAAGGAAGAGGAAAGAAAAUUGAGCGCUAUUUCUCAGAAUGAGAAAGUACCCAGUCCAGUCGAAUCAGAAGACAAGGCACCAAGCCUUGUCAAGCCUGACGAGGAAGUGCCAAGCCCCGUCAAGCCCGACGAGAAAGCGUCAAGCCCCGUCAAGCCCGACGAGAAAGCGCCAAGCCCCGUCAAGCCCGACGAGAAAGCACCAAGCCCACUCAAGCCUCACGAGAAAGAGCCAAGCCCAUCCAAGCUCGAUGAGAAGACACCUAGUCCUGUUGAGCUCGAUGAGCAGGCACCAAGCCCCGUUAAGGAAGACGAAAGAAAAUUGAGCGCUAUUUCUCUGGAUGAGAAAGCACCCAGUCCAGUCAAAUCAGAAGACAAGGCGCCAAGCCCCGUCAAGCCCGAUGAGAAAGCGCCAAGCCCUGUCAAGCUCGAUGAGAAGGCACUUAGCCCUCUUGAACAUGAUGACAAAGUUCCAAGCCCCGUCAAGCCUGACGAAAAAGAGCCAAGCCCAUCCAAGCUCGAUGAGAAGGCACCUAGUCCUGUUGAGCUCGAUGAGAAGGCACCAAGCCCCGUCAAGGAAGAUGAAAGAAAAUUUAGCGCUAUUCCUCAGGAUGAGAAAGCACCCAGUCCAGUCGAAUCAGAAGACAAGGCACCAAGCCUUGUCAAGUCCGAUGAGAAAGCACCAAGCCCCGUCAAGCCUCACGAGAAAGAGCCAAGCCCCAUCAAGCCCGAUGAGAAGGCGCCAAGCCCUCUUGAACAUGAUGACAAAGUUCCAAGCCCCGUCAAGCCUGACGAAAAAGAGCCAAGCCCAUCCAAGCUCGAUGAGAAGGCACCUAGUCCUGUUGAGGUCGAUAAGAAGGCACCAAGCCCCGUCAAGGAAGAUGAAAGAAAAUUGAGCGCUAUUUCUAUCGAUGAGAAAGCACCCAGUCCAAUCAAAUCAGAAGACAAGGCACCAAGCCCCGUCAAGCCUGACGAGGAAGUGCCAAGCCCCGUCAAUCCCGACGAGAAAGCGCCAAGCCCCGUCAAGCCCGACGAGAAAGCGCCAAGCCCCGUCAAGCCCGACGAGAAAGAGCCAAGCCCCGUCAAGCCUGACGAGGAAGUGCCAAGCCCCGUCAAGCCCGACGAAAAAGAGCCAAGCCCAUCCAAGCUCGAUGAGAAGGCACCUAGUCCUGUUGAGCUCGAUGAGAAGGCACCAAUCCCCGUUAAGGAAGACGAAAGAAAAUUGGACGCUAUUUCUCUGGAUGAGAAAGCACCCAGUCCAGUCGAAUCAGAAGACAAGGCACCAAGCCUUGUCAAGUCCGAUGAGAAAGCACCAAGCCCCGUCAAGCCUCACGAGAAAGAGCCAAGCCCCAUCAAGCCCGAUGAGAAGGCGCCGAGCCCUCUUGAACAUGAUGACAAAGUUCCAAGCCCCGUCAAGCCUGACGAAAAAGAGCCAAGCCCAUCCAAGCUCGAUGAGAAGGCACCUAGUCCUGUUGAGAUCGAUGAGAAGGCACCAAGCCCCGUCAAGGAAGAUGAAAGAAAAUUGAGCGCUAUUUCUCUCGAUGAGAAAGCACCCAGUCCAAUCAAAUCAGAAGACAAGGCACCAAGCCCCGUCAAGCCUGACGAGGAAGUGCCAAGCCCCGUCAAGCCCGACGAGCAAGCGCCAAGCCCCGUCAAGCCCGACGAGAAAGCGCCAAGCCCCGUCAAGCCUGACGAGAAAGAGCCAAGCCCCGUCAAGCCUGACGAGGAAGUGCCAAGCCCCGUCAAGCCCGACGAAAAAGAGCCAAGCCCAUCCAAGCUCGAUGAGAAGGCACCCAGUCCUGUUGAGCUCGAUGAGAAGGCACCAAUCCCCGUUAAGGAAGACGAAAGAAAAUUGAGCGCUAUUUCUCUGGAUGAGAAAGUACCCAGUCCAGUCGAAUCAGAGGACAAGGCACCAAGCCUUGUCAAGCCCGAUGAGAAAGCACCAAGCCCCGUCAAGCCUCACGAGAAAGAGCCAAGCCCCAUUAAGCCCGAUGAGAAGGCGCCAAGCCCUCUUGAACAUGAUGACAAAGUUCCAAGCCCCGUCAAGCCUGACGAAAAAGAGCCAAGCCCAUCCAAGCUCGAUGAGAAGGCACCUAGUCCUGUUGAGCUCAGGGAGAAGGCGCCAAGCCCCGUCAAGGAAGACAAGGCACCAAGCCCCGUCAAGCCUGACGAAAAAGAGCCAAGCCCAUCCAAGCUCGAUGAGAAGGCACCUAGUCCUGUUGAGCUCGAUGAGAAGGCACCAAGCCCCGUCAAGGAAGACGAAAGGAAAUUGAGCGCUAUUUCUCUGGAUGAGAAAGCACCCAGUCCAGUCAAAUCAGAAGACAAGGCACCAAGCCUUGUCAAGCCCGAUGAGAAGGCACCUAGUCCUGUCAAGGAAGACGAAAGAAAAUUGAGCGCUAUUUCUCUUGAUGAGAAACCAGUCAAAUCAGAAGACAAGGCACCAACCCCCGUCAAGCCCGACGAGAAAGCGUCAAGCCCCAUCAAGCCCGAUGAAAAAGCGCCAAGCCCCGUCCAGCCUGAUGAGAAGGCGCCAAGCCCCGACGAGGAAAUAGAAAGAAAAUUGAGCGCUAUUUCUCUUGAUGAAAAAGCUCACAGUCCAGUCAAACCAGAAGACAAGGGACCUAGCCCCGACAAGGGAGACGAAAGAAAAUUGAGUGCUAUUUCUCUUGAUGAAAAAGCUCACAGUCCAGUCAAACCAGAAGACAAGGGACCAAGCCCCGUCAAGCCCGACGAGAAAGCCCCAAGCCCCGUCAAGCCCGACGAGAAAGCGCCAAGCCCCAUCAAGGGAGACGAAAGAAAAUUGAGUGCUAUUUCUCUAGAUGAGAAAGCAGUCAAAGCAGAAGACAAGGCACCAAGCCCCGUCAAGCCCGACGAGAAAGCGCCAAGCCCCUUACAGCCUGAUGAGGAGGCGCCAAGCCCUGUCAAGCCCGAUGAGAAGGCGCCAAGCCCUCUUGAACAUGAUGACAAAGUUCUUAGCCCCGUCAAGCCUGACGAAAAAGAGCCAAGCCCAUCCAAGCUCGAUGAGAAGGCACCUAGUCCUGUUGAGCUCGAUGAGAAGGCACCAAGCCCCGUCAAGGAAGACAAGGCACCAAGCCUCGUCAAGACCGAUGAGAAAGUGCCAAGCCCCGUCAAGCCCGACGAAAAAGAGCCAAGCCCAUCCAAGCUCGAUGAGAAGGCACCUAGUCCUGUUGAGCUCGAUGAGAAGGCACCUAGCCCUGUUGAGCUCAGGGAAAAAGCGCCAAGCCCCGUCAAGCCCGACGAGAAAGCGCCAAGCCCCAUCAAGCCCGAUGAGAAGGCACCUAGUCCUGUUGAGUUUGAUGAGAAGGCACCAAGCCCCGUUAAGGAAGACGAAAGAAAAUUGAGCGCUAUUUCUGUGAAUGAGAAAGCACCCAGUCCAGUCGAAUCAGAAGACAAGGCACCAAGCCUCGUCAAGACCGAUGAGAAAGUGCCAAGCCCCGUCAAGCCCGACGAAAAAGAGCCAAGCCCAUCCAAGCUCGAUGAGAAGGCACCUAGUCCUGUUGAGCUCGAUGAGAAGGCACCUAGUCCUGUUGAGUUUGAUGAGAAGGCACCAAGCCCCGUCAAGGAAGACGAAAGAAAAUUAAGCGCUAUUUCUUUGGAUGAGAAAGCACCCAGUCCUGUCAAAUUAGAAGACAAGGCACCAAGCCUUGUCAAGCCCGAUGAGAAAGCGCCAAGCCCCGUCAAGCCAGAUGAGAAGGCAACUAGUCCUGUUGAGCUUGAUGAGAAGGCACCAAGCCCCGACGACGAAGUAGAAAGAAAAUUGAGCGCUAUUUCUCUCGAUGAGAAAGCACCAAGUCCAGUCAAACCAGAAGACAAAGCACCAAGCCCCAUCAAGCCCGACGAGAAAGCGCCAAGCCCCGUCAAGCCCGACGAGAAAGCGCCAAGCCCCGUCAAGCCCGACGAAAAAGAGCCAAGCCCAUCCAAGCUCGAUGAGAAGGCACCUAGUCCUGUUGAGCUCGAUGAGAAGGCACCAAGCCCCGUCAAGGAAGACGAAAGAAAAAUGAGCGCUAUUUCUCUGGAUGAGAAAGCACCCAGUCCAGUCAAAUCAGAAGACAAGGCACCAAGCCUUGUCAGGCCCGAUGAGAAAUCGCCAAGCCCCGGCAAGCCUGAAGAGAAAGAGCCAAGCCCCGUCAAGCCAGAUGAGAAGGCACCUAGUUCUGUUGAGCUUGAUGAGAAGGCAUCAAGCCCCGACGAGGAAGUAGAAAGAAAAUUGAGCGCUAUUUCUCUUGAUGAUAAAGCACACAGUCCAGUUAAACCAGAAGAUAAGGUACCAAGUCCCGUCAAGGGAGACGAAAGAAAAUUGAGUACUAUUUCUCUUGAUGAGAAACCAGUCAAAUCAGAAGACAAGGCACCAAGUCCUGUCAAGCCCGAUGAGAAGGCGCCAAGCCCCGUCAAGCCCGAUGAGAAGGCGCCAAGCCCUCUUGAACAUGAUGACAAAGUUCCAAGCCCCGUCAAGCCUGACGAAAAAGAGCCAAGCCCAUCCAAGCUCGAUGAGAAGGCACCGAGUCCUGUUGAGCUCGAUGAGAAGGCACCUAGUCCUGUUGAGCUCGAUGAGAAGGCACCUAGCCCUGUUGAGCUCAGGGAGAAGGCGCCAAGCCCCGUUAAACCUGACGAGAAAGAGCCAAGCCCCAUCAAGCCCGACGAGAAAGCGGCAAGCCCCAUCAAGCCAGACGAGAAAGCGCCAAGCCCCGUCAAGCCCGACGAGAAAGCGGCAAGCCCCAUCAAACCAGACGAGAAAGCGCCAAGCCCCGUCAAGCCUGAGGAAAAAGAGCCAAGCCCAUCCAAAACCGAUGAGAAGGCACCUAGUCCUGUUGAGCUCGAUGAGAAGGCACCAAGCCCCGUCAAGGAAGACGAAAGAAAAUUGAGCGCUAUUUCUCUGGAUGAGAAAGCACCCAGUCCAGUCAAAUCAGAAGACAAGGCACCAAGCCUUGUCAAGCCCGAUGAGAAAGCGCCAAGCCCCGUCAAGCCUGACGAGAAAGAGCCAAGCCUCAUCAAGCUCGAUGAGAAAGCGCCAAGCCCCGUCAAGCCCGACGAGAAAGCGCCAAGCCCCGUCAAGCCCGACGAGAAAGCGGCAAGCCCCAUCAAACCAGACGAGAAAGCGCCAAGCCCCGUAAAGCCUGAGGAAAAAGAGCCAAGCCCAUCCAAAACCGAUGAGAAGGCACCUAGUCCUGUUGAGCUCGAUGAGAAGGCACCAAGCCCCGUCAAGGAAGACGAAAGAAAAUUGAGCGCUAUUUCUCUGGAUGAGAAAGCACCCAGUCCAGUCAAAUCAGAAGACAAGGCACCAAGCCUUGUCAAGCCCGAUGAGAAAGCGCCAAGCCCCGUCAAGCCUGACGAGAAAGAGCCAAGCCACAUCAAGCCUGACGAAAAAGAGCCAAGCCCAUCCAAGCUCGAUGAGAAGGCACCUAGUCCUGUUGAGCUCGAUGAGAAGGCACCAAGCCCCGUCAAGAAAGACGAAAGAAAAUUGAGCGCUAUUUCUCUGGAUGAGAAAGCACCCAGUCCAGUCAAAUCAGAAGACAAGGCACCAAGCCUUGUCAAGCCCGAUGAGAAAGCGCCAAGCCCCGUCAAGCCAGAUGAGAAGGCACCUGGUCCUGUUGAGCUUGAUGAGAAGACAUCAAGCCCCGACGAGGAAGUAGAAAGAAAAUUGAGCGCUAUUACUCUUGAUGAUAAAGCACACAGACAAGUAAAACCAGAAGAUAAGGCACCAAUCCAUGUCAAACCCGAUGAGAAAACUUCAAGUACCGUCAAGCCUGACGAGAAAGAGCCAAGCCCCAUCAAGCCCGAUGAGAAAGCGCCAAGCCCCGUCAAGCCCGACGAGAAAACGCCAAGCCCCGUCAAGCUCGACGAGAAAGCGCCAAGCUCCAUCAAGCCAGACGAGAAAGCGGCAAGCCCCAUCAAGCCUGACGUAAAAGAGCCAAGUCCAUCCAAGCUCGAUGAGAAGGCGCCUAGUCCUGUGGAGCUCGAUGAGAAGGCACCAAGCCCCGUCAAGGAAGACGAGAGAAAAUUGAGCGCUAUUUCUCUGGAUGAGAAAGCACCCAGUCCAGUCAAAUCAGAAGACAAGGCACCAAGCCCCAUCAGGCCCGACGAGAAAGCGCCAAGCCCCGUCAAGCCCGACGAGAAAACGCCAAGCCCCGUCAAGCCCGACGAGAAAGCGGCAAGCUCCAUCAAGCCAGACGAGAAAGCGGCAAGCCCCAUCAAGCCUGAGGAAAAAGAACCAAGUCCAUCCAAGCUCGAUGAGAAGGCACCUAGUCCUGUUGAGCUCGAUGAGAAGGCACCAAGCCCCGUCAAGGAAGACAAAAGAAAAUUGAGCGCUAUUUCUCUGGAUGAGAAAGCACCCAGUCCAGUCAAAUCAGAAGACAAGGCACCAAGCCUUGUCAAGCCCGAUGAGAAAGCGGCAAGCCCCAUCAAGCCCGAUGAGAAAGCGCCAAGCCCCGUCAAGCCAGAUGAGAAGGCACCUAGUCCUGUUGAGCUUGAUGAGAAGGCAUCAAGCCCCGACGAGGAAGUAGAAAGAAAAUUGAGCGCUAUUUCUCUUGAUGAUAAAGCCCACAGUCCAGUCAAAUCAGAAGAUAAGGCACCAAGCCCCGGCAAAACUGAUGAGAAAGCGCCAAGCACCGUCAAGCAUGAUGAGAAGGCACCAAGCCCAGCGAAAGAAGAAGAAAGAAAACUGAGCGCUAUCUCUCUUGAUGGGAAAGCCCCCAGUCCAGUCGAACAAAAAGAAACUGCAAUUAGCUCCAUCGAACUUGAUGAAAAGGCGCCAAGCCCUGUCAAACCCGAUGAGAAGGCGCCAAGCCCUGUCAAACCUGAUAAGAAGGCACCAAGCCCUGCCAAGCCUGAUGAGAAGGCACCAAGCCCCGUCAAAGAAGAAGAAAGAAAACUGAGCGCUAUUUCUCUGGAUGAGAAAGCCCCCAGUCCAAUCAAAUCAGAAGACAAGGCACCAAGCCCCGUCAAGCCUGACGAGAAAGCGCCAAGCUCUAUCAAGCCCGAUGAGAAAGCGCCAAGCCCUACCAAGCCUGAUGAGAAGGUACCAGGCCCCGACAAGGAAGAAGACAAGGCACCCAGCCCCGUCAAGCCUGACGAGAAAGCGCCAAGCUCUAUCAAGGACGAUGAGAAAGCGCCAAGCCCUACGAAGCCUGAUGAAAAGGCACCAAGCCCCGACAAGGAAGAAGACAAGGCACCCAGCCCCGUCAAGCCUGACGAAAAAGAGCCAAGCCCAUCCAUGCUCGAUGAGAAGGCACCUAGUCCUGUUGAGCUCGAUGAGAAGGCACCUAGCCCUGUUGAGCUCGAUGAGAAGGCACCAAGCCCCAUCAAGGAAGGAGAAAGAAAAUUGAUCGCUAUUUCGCUUGCUGAGACAGCACCCAGUCCAGUCAAAUCAGAAGACAAGGCACCAAGCCCAAUCAAGCCUGACGAGAAAGCGCCAAGCCUAAUUGAGCCCGAUCAAAAAGAGCCAAGGCCAUCCAAGCUCGAUGAGAAGACACUAAGUCCAGCGAAGGAAGACGAAAGAAAACUGAGCGCUAUCUCCCUUAAUGGGAAAGCCCCCAGUCCAUUCGAACAAAAAGAAACUGCAGUUAGCUCCAUCGAACUUGAUGAAAAGGCGCCAAGCCCUGUCAAACCCGAUGAGAAGGCGCCAAGCCCCGUCAAGCCUGACGAGAAAGCGCCAAGCCCCAUCAAGCCCGAUGAGAAAGCGCCAAUCCCCGCCAAGCCUGAUGAGAAGGCACUAAGCCCUGACAAGGAAGAAGAAAGAAAAUUGAGCGUUAUUUCUCUUGAUGAGAAAGCACCAAGUCCAGUCGAUUCAGAAGACAAGGCACCAAGCCCCGUCAGGCAUGAAGACAAAACUCCUAGCCCUGUCAAACCUGACGAAAAGGAGCCAAGCCCAGCCAAGUACGACGAGAAGGCACCUAGUCCUGUUGAGCUCGAUGAGAAAGCACCUAGUCCUGCCAAGCCCGACGAAGAGACACCUAGCCCUAUCAAACUUGAUGAGAAGGCACCAAGCCCCGUCAAGUACGAUGAGAAAGCGCCAAGCCCCGUCAAGCCUGAUGAGAUGGCACCUAUUUCUACUAAACCUGACGAGAAAGAACCAAGCGCAGUCAAGGAAGAUGAAAGGAAACUGAGUGCUGUCUCUCUUGAUGUGAAAGCACCCAGUCUUGUCGAACCAAAAGAAACUUCAACAAGUUCCAUCAAACUUGAUGAGAAAGAACAUAGCCCCGUAAAGCCUGACGAGAAGGCACCAAGCCCCGACAAGGAAGCAGAAAGAAAAUUGAGCGCUAUUUCUCUUGAUGAGAAAGCACCAAGUCCAGUCAAAUCAGAAGACAAGGCACCAAGCCCUGUCAAGCCUGCCGAAAAAGAGCCAAGCUCAGUCAAGCCCGAUGAGAAGGCACCUAGUCCUGUUGAGCUCGAUGAGAAGGCACCAAGCCCCAUCAAGGAAGACGAAAGAAAACUGAGCGCUAUUUCUCUGGAUGAGAAAGCACCCAGUCCAAUCAAAUCAGAAGACAAGGCACCGAGCUCCGUCAAGCCCGACGAGAAAACGCCAAGCCCGGUCAAGCCCGAUGAGAAAGUGCCAAGCUCCGUCAAGCCUGCUGAAAAGGCACCUAGUCCUACCAAACCUGACGAGAAAGAACCCAGUUCAGUUAAGGAAGAUGAAAGAAAACUGAGUGCUGUCUCUCUUGAUGUGAAAGCACCCAGUCCAGUCGAACAAAAGGAAACGGCAGCGACACUCAUCAAACGUGACGAGAAAGAACCAAGCCCCGUUAAGUCCGAGGAGAAGUUGCCUAUUCCAGUCAAGUCCGAUGAAAAGGCACUUAAACCUCUUGAACAUGAUGAGAAAGGUCUAAGCUCCGUCAAGCCAGAUAAGAAGGCACCUAGUUCUGCCGAGUCUGACGAAGAGGCACCCAGCCAUAUCAAAUCUGAUGAGAAAGCACCUAGUCCUACCAAACCUGAUGAGAAAGAACCAAGUCCAGUCAAGGAAGACGAAAGAAAGCUGAGUGCUAUCUCUCUUGAUGUGAAAGCACCCAGUCCAGUCGAACCAAAGGAAACGGUAGCUGUACUCAUCAAAACUGACGAAAAAGAACCAAGCCCCGUCAAACAAGAUGAGAAAACGCAAAGCCCCGUCAAGCUCGAUGAAAAGGCGCCUAGUCCAGUCGAGGCUGACGAGAAGGCACUAAAGCCUCUUGAACAUGAUGACAAAGUUCCAAGCCCGGUCAAGCAUGAUGAAAAAGCGCCAAGCCCUGUCAAGCCUGAUGAGAAAGAACCGAGCUCUCUUAAGUACGAUGAAGAUACAAGUCCAGUCAAAGUUGAAGACAGAGAAUUGAGCCUAUCAGAGACUGAUAAAGACUUGUCAAGUAUAACUUAUAUAGAAAAAGUAACCAAACAGGAUGAUUCUAGCCAUGUCACUAGCAAGCAAAGACAACGGUUGUCAAGCCCAGAUAAAAUGUUGGGUAAAACAGUUGAAGAGAAGGAAACAAGUGCAAGUAAACUUGACAUAACUUCAGUCGAUACUCUUGAAGAGAAAAUGUCAAGCGUAAGCACAACUGAAGAAAAGCCAGCAAUCACACAACAGUCUGAGGAGCUUUUAGAUGAAGAUGGCUUUGUGGUUAUUGACAAAAAUACUCUUGAUGAACAUUUAGAACAUCAAGAAAUUUCACCAAACAGGGAAGGAGACAUACAUUUGAAGGAUAAAAUAGCUCACGACAAAAUCACCAUCGAUAAGACUCCACAGUUUUCUGAUGCCAUUCUCAGUCAAGUUCCUGUAAAAGAACCUAAACCAGAGAAAGAGGCUCAGAUGAAAGAAGACGUGGAUCAAGGUAUUAAACCUGAAGACGAUCUUACUCCUGAAAUAAUAAAGAAAGAACUACGUGUUGAAACCGAAUUACAAGAUCAGUUUGAUGACGAUGUACCAAGCCCAGAACUUGUUCUAGAUACACUCAAAGAACUUAGUCCUAUAAAAGACGACACAGGUGUUGUUAUUAAAGAAACAAUCAAACAAUUGGUUUCGGAAAAAGAAAUAGAUGAAGUAACUGAAAUAAAAGAAGCAGUGCAUAAAGUAAAAGUCGAUGAAUUGAAAUCAGUGUCCACUAAAGUCACAGACAUUACUCCUAUAUCUGACGAAUUAAGUGAAAAAACUCAACAAUUAAAAUCUGAACAAUUAACUAGUGAAAUUAUGGAAAGUGAUAUCAUUUCUGACAAACUUGAUUACAAGCAAGUUGGUUUAGAAAAGGAUAUUUGUGACACCAAAAAAGAUAAAAAGACAAUCGAUGGUGAAGCAGAUGCAGUUAAAUCAAUAGAAGUAGUAAAACAGAUUACCACUGCUAGCAAUCAAAUUGAUAAUUUAAUUCAUCACGAUCAGUUUGAAGAUAAAACACUAAGUCCUAUUGAGCAUAAGGAAGAAAUAGCAACAAUUCAAAAAGAAACAAGCUUAGUAGAUGAAAAGAAACGCGAUCCAGACGAAAAGGAUGAGAAAGGUAUAACACCUAUUAAGCUGGAUAAACUAUCUGAUAAAAAACCGAGUCCUGCUGAAUCUGAUGCAGAAAUCCUAAGUCCAGCUUUAAUGGAUGACAGCGAGCUACCUGCUGUACACAUACCACUAACAAAAUCUGACAAAGAAAAGAGUGCAGAAAUUGAAACGGUGGCAGUAAAGGCUGAUGAUUCCAUCAAGCAUAGUAUUAAGUUACCAACUGAAAGCCUAGUUGACGAAAAGAGCGCAUUAGUACCAAUCACACCUCAAGAUGAAUCAGAAAUUGAGAAACAAUUAGAAGGCUUUGAACCUGUUGGUGAAAUAGAAGAAGAUACCACAACUCAGAUAGUCACCAUUACUGAAGGUGGCCAGGUAAUUAAAAGGAAAUCAACUAUCACAACAAUUAUUCAAGAAUACUCAAAUGUAAGUAAGACUAUAAGAAAAUACAAAAUCACAGUUAUAUCUGUAGAGUCGGACGAACAUUUAGAUGGCACUAAAUUUAGCAGAACAUAUAAAGACGUAUCUAUUGCCGAUUCGAGACCUAAAACAAGUACUUUUAAAAUUGAAGUAAAAGAGAUCAGUCCAAUACAAGAUGAAACUGAUAUAAGAUCCGACCUUGAAUUAACCUUUACCAAGAAGACACCUAGCCCACUCAAAGAAGAUCAAAAAGAAUCGAGCCCCGAUAUGCUUGAAAAGAAAGUGCCUCGCCCUCAGGAACUAGGUGAAGAUGGAGAAAGUGGUAUCACGCCUGAAGAAAAGGUACCCAGUCCUAUCAAACGUGAUGAAUUAUCAAGUAGCCCAAUGGAAGAAAAAUUAAUCUCAUUCUUAGAUGAUCUAGAAAUUGAAGAACGAUUAAAAGAUUUCAAACCCAUGGGUGAAUCAGAGGAAAAAACAAUUACUCAAUACCUCACCAUAACGGAAAAAGGUGUUGAAAUUUUAAGAACGUUUAUUAUCAAAACGGUAGUACAAAAAUAUUACAGUAUUUCAAGAACGACAGUGAUGUACAAGAUUAUUAUUGUUACUGUCGAAGAAGACGAAUUACCGGAUGGAACUAAAGUUAGCAGAACAUACAAGAAAACUUCAUUGAGUAAUUCAAAACCAACUUUAGAGCAACUGAUGCAGCUUUGCAAUGAAUGCGUCGCCAGAGAUUUACACUUAAAAGUUUCAGACUUUAGUUCUACAAAGCCUGAUGAUCAGGACAAAUCAACUGACGCGUCUGAAGAGAAGAAGUUAAGCCCUAUCAAGCCUGAUGAGAAAACAGACAGCCUUGUCAAACCUGAUGACAAAGAUUCUAGCCCGGUCAAGCUAGAUGAAAAGGUAGGCAGCCCAGUCAAGGAUGAUGGAAGAAAACUCAGCUCAGUUUCUCUUGAAGUGACAGCACCAAGCCCAGUCAAGCCAGGUGAGGAGGCAUCUAGCCCUGUCAAGCCUGAUGAGAAAUCGCCUAGCCCUGAAAAGCCUGCAGAGAAGGCGCCUAGCCCUGUCCAACCUGAUGAGAAGGUACCUAGCCCUAUCAAGACCGAUGAGAAGGCGCCUAGCCCUAUCAAGACAGAUGUGAAGGAACCAAGCCCUGUUAAGCCCGAAGAAAAGGUAGCCAGCCCUGUCAAGAUAGACGAUAAGCCACCUAGCCCUAUCAAGACCGAUGAGAAGGCGCCUAGCCCUGUCAAGCCUGAUGAGAAAUCACCUAGCCCUGUAAAGCCUGCAGAGAAGGCGCCUAGCCCUGUUAAACCUGAUGAGAAGGUACCUAGCCCUAUCAAGACCGAUGAGAAGGCGCCUAGCCCUUUCAAGCCUGAAGAUAAGGCGCCUAGUUCUCUCAAGGUAGACGAUAAGGAACCAAGCCCUGUCAAUCCCGAUGAGGAGGUACCUAGCCCCGUCGACCACGAUGACAAGCUACCUAGCCCUAUCAAGACUCACGAGAAGGCGCCUAGCCCUGUCAAACUUGAUGAGGAGUUGCUGAGUUCUGUAAAGACUGACGCGAAGGCGCCUAGCCCUGUCAAGACUGAUGAAAGGAUACCAAGCCCUGUCAAACCUGAAGAGAAGGCGCCUAGCACCGCAAAGCCCGAUGAGAAGGUACCUAGCUCCAUCGACCUCGAUGAUAAGCUACCUAGCCCUGUCAAGAUAGACGAUAGGGAACCAAGCCCUGUCAAGCCUGUUGAGAAGGUACCUAGCCUUAUCAAGCCUGAUGAGAGGAUACCUAGCCCUGUCAAGAUAGAUGAUAAGGAACCAAGCCCUGUCAAGCCUGAUGAGAAGGAACCUAGCCCUGUCGAGCCUGAUGAGAAGGAACCUAGCCCUGUCAAGAUUGACGAAAAGGCGCCUAGCCCUGUCAAGCCUGAUGAGAAGGUACCUAGCUCCAUCGAAAUCGAUGAUAAGGUGCCUAGUCCUGUCAAGAUUGAAGAUAAGGAAUUAACCCCCGUCAAGCCUGAUGAGAAGGUACUUAGCCCUGUAAAGCCUGACGAAAAGGCGCCUAGCCUUGUCAAGCCCGAUGAGAAGGAACCAAGCCCUGUCAAGCCCGACGAAAAGGCGCCUAGCUCUGUUCAGCCCGAAGACAAGAUCCCUAGCCCUGUCAAGAUAGACGAUAAGCUAACUAGCCCUAUGAAGGCUGAUGAUAAGGAGCCAAGCCCUGUCAAGCCUGACGAAAAGGUGCCUAGCCCUGUCAAGCUCGAUGAGAAGGAACCAAGCCCUGUCAAGCCCGACGAAAAGGCGCCUAGCUCUGUUCAGCCCGAAGACAAGAUCCCUAGUCCUGUCAAGAUAGACGAUAAGCUAACUAGCCCUAUCAAGGCUGAUGAUAAGGAGCCAAGCCCUGUCAAGCCUGACGAAAAGGCGCGUAGCCCUGUAAAGCCUGACGAGAAGAUAUCUAGCCCCAUCGAACAAGAUGACAAGCUGCCUAGCCCUGUCAAGACAGAUGAUAAGGAACCAAGCCCUGUUAAGCCCGAAGAGAAAGUACCUAGCACUGCCAAGCCUGACAAAAAGCCGCCUAGUCCUGUUCAGCCCGAAGAGAAGGUCCCUAGCUCUGUCAAGACAGAUGAUAAGGAAUCAAGCCCUGUCAAGCCUGAAGAGAAGGUACCUAGCCCUGUCAAGCCUGAAGAGAAGGCGCCUAGCCCCGAAAAGCCCGAUGAGAAGGUACCUAGCCCCAUCGACAUCGAUGAUAAGCUACCUAGCCCUGUCAAGCCUGACGAAAAGACGCCUAACCCUGUCAAGUCUACUGAGAAGAUAUCUAGCCCCAUCGAACAAGACGACAAGCUGCCUAGCCCUGUCAAGACAGAUGAUAAGGAACCAAGCCCUGUCAAGCCUGAAGAGAAGGCGCCUAGCCGCGCAAAGCCCGAUGAGAAGGUACCUAGCUCCAUCGAACACGAUGACAAGCUGCCUAGUCCUGUUAAGACAGAUGAUAAGGAACCAAGCCCUGUCAAGCCCGACAAAAAGGCGCCUAGCCCUAUUCAGCUCGAAGAGAAGAUCCCUAGCCCUAUCAAGACAGAUGAUAAGGAACCAAGCCCUAUCAAGCCCGAUGAGAAGCUGCCCAGCCCUGUCAAGCCUGAUGAGAAGGAACCUAGCCCUGUCAAGCCUGAAGAGAAGGUGCCUAGCCCCGCAAAGCCCGAUGAGAAGGUACCUAGCCCCAUCGACAUCGAUGAUAAGCUACCUAGCCCUGUCAAGCCUGACGAGAAGAUAUCUAGCCCCAUCGAACAAGACAACAAGCUGCCUAGCCCUGUCAAGACAGAUGAAAAGGAACCAAGCCCUGUCAAGCCUGAAGAGAAGGCACCUAGCCGCGCAAAGCCCGACGAGAAGGUACCUAGCUCCAUCGACAUCGGUCAUAAGCUACCUAGCCCUAUCAAGUCAGAUGAAAAGGAACCAAGCCCUGUCAAGCCCGACGAAAAGGCACCUAGCCCUGUUAAGCCCGAAGAGAAGGAACCUAGCCCUGUCAAGAUAGACGAUAUGGUAAUUAGCCCUGUCAAGGCUGAUGAUAUGGAACUAAGCUCAGUCAAGCCUGACGCGAAGGCGCCUAGCCCUGUCAAGCCAGAUGAGAAGGAACCAAGCCCUGUUAAGCCCGAAGAGAAGGAACCUAGCCCUGUCAAGAUAGACGAUAAGGUAAUUAGCCCUGUCAAGCCUGAUGAGAAGGUACCUAGCCCUGUCAAGCCUGAUGAGAAGGUACCUAGCCCUGUCAAGCCCGAUGAGAAGGAACCUAGCCCUCUUAAGCUCGAUGAGAAGGUACCUAGCCCUGUCAAGCCCGAUGAGAAGGAACCUAGCCCUCUUAAGCUCGAUGAGAAGGAACCUAGCCCUGUCAAGCCUGAUGAGAAGGUACCUAGCCCCGCAAAGCUCGAUGAAAAAGAACCGAGCCCCGUCAAGCCUGACGCGAAGGCGCCUAGCCCUGUCAAGCCUGAUGAGAAGGUACCUAGCUCCAUCGAAAUCGAUGAUAAGGUACUUAGUCCUAUCAAGAUUGAAGAUAAGGAAUCAACCCCUGUGAAGCCUGACGAAAAGGCGCCUAGCCCUGUUAAGACAGAUGAUAAGGAACCAAGCCCUGUUAAGCCCGGAGAGAAGGAACCUAGCCCUGUCAAGAUAGACGAUAAGGUAAUUAGCCCAGUCAAGGCUUAUGAUAUGGAACUAAGCUCUGUCACGCCUGACGCGAAGGCGCCUAGCCCUGUCAAGCCUGAUGAGAGAGUACCUAGCUCCAUCGACAUCGAUGAUAAGGUAUCUAGUCCCAUCCAACACGAUGAGAAGGAACGUAGCCCUGUCAAGCCUGAUGAGAAGGUACCUAGCCCUGUCAAGCCUGAUGAGAAGGUACCUAGCCCUGUCAGGCCCGAUGAGAAGGAACCUAGCCCUCUUAAGCUCGAUGAGAAAGAACCUAGCCCUGUCAAGCCUGAAGAGAAGGUACCUAGCCCUGUCAAGCCUGAUGAGAAGGUACCUAGCCCUGUCAAGCCCGAUGAGAAGGAACCUAGCCCUCUUAAGCUCGAUGAGAAGGAACCUAGCCCUGUCAAGCCUGAUGAGAAGGUGCCUAGCCCCAUCCAACACGAUGAGAAGGUCCCUGUCAAGCUUGAAGAUAAGGAAUCAACCCCUGUCAAGGCUGAUGAUAAGGAACCAAGCCCCGUCAAGCCUGACGCGAAGGCACCUAGCCCUGUCAAGCCUGACGAAAAGGCGCCUAGCCCUAUCAAGCCUGAUGAGAAGGUACCUAGCUCCAUCGAAAUCGAUGAUAAGGUACCUAGUCCUGUCAAGAUUGAAGAUAAGGAACCAAUCCUCGUCAAGCCUGAUGAGAAGGUACUUAGCCCUGCCAAGCCUGACGAAAAGGCGCCUAGCGCCGUAAAGCCCGAUGAGAAAGAACCAAGCCCUGUCAAGAUAGACGAUAAGGAACCAAUCCUCGUCAAGCCUCAUGAGAAAUCGCCUAGCCCUAUCAAGACAGAUGAGAAGGUGCCUAGCCCCAUCGAACACGAUGACAAGCUACCUAGCCCUGUUAAGCUAGAUGAAAAGGCGCCUAGCCUCGUCAAGCUGGAUGUGAAGGAAGUUAGCCAUGCUAAACCUGACGAAAAGGAGCAAAGCCCUGUGAAGCCUGAAGAGAAGGAACCUAGCCCCGCAAAGCCCGAUGAGAAGGUACCUCGCUCCAUCGACAUCGAUGAUAAGGUAACUAGCCCCGUCAAGACAGAUGAAAAGGUACCUAGCCCCGUCGAGCCUGAUGAGAAGGUACCUAGCCCUGUCAAGCCUGAUGAGAAGGUACCUAGCUCCAUCGAAAUCGAUGAUAAGGUACCUAGUCCUGUCAAGAUUGAAGAUAAGGAAUUAACCCCCGUCAAGCCUGAUGAGAAGGUAUCUAGCCCCAUCGAACACGAUGACAAGCUACCUAGCCCUGUCAAGACAGAUGACAAGGUACCUAGCCCUGUUAAGCCUGAUGAUAAGGAACCAAGCCCCGUCAAGCCUGACGAAAAGGCGCCUAGCCCUGUCAAGCCUGACGAAAAGGCACCUAGCCCUGUCACGCCUGAUGAGAAGGUCUCUAGCCCCAUCGAACACGAUGACAAGCUUGUUAGCACUGUCAAGACAGAUGAUAAGGAACCAAGCCCUGUCAAACCCGACGAAAAGGCGCCUAGCCUCGUUAAGCCCGAUGAGAAGGUACCUAGCCCUGUCAAGAUGGACGAUAAGGAACCAAGCCCGGUCAAGCCUGAUGAGAAGGCACCUAGCCCUGUCAAGCCUGACGAAAAGGUGCCUGCCCCCAUCAAGCCUGCUGAGCAACAACCCAGUCCUGUUUCGGAAGACGUCAAAAAAGUAAGCGCUAGCUCUCUUGAAGAACAAGCACCCAUUCCAGUCGAACCAGAAGUAAAAGUACCAAGUCCUAUCAAACUUGAUAAGGCAGAGCUGAGCCCCGACAAGCCCCUUGACAAGGUGCCUAGUCCUGUUAUGUCUGAUAAGACGACGCUUAGCGCUAUUAAACAUGAUGUCAAAUUACCCAGCCCUGACAAGGCAAAUGACAAAGUACCUAGCCCUGUCAAACAUGAAAAGUCCCCUGAAACAGAUAAAGCCUCAGAAAAAUCAGAAGUUACCAAAAAAGAAAUUGAAGCAAAAUCAAAGGAUGAUGAAAAAGACAUCGAUGAAAAGGAAUCUUUCGAAGACGAAUCGACAAGUAGUAAGAAAGUUUCAGUCGGCUCCGACAAAGAUCUUAUAAGUAAAUCAGAUAAACAAAUAGUUGAUUCAGAAGAUCAUCAGUCACAGAAAAAAUCCGCAGACGGAAAAGAUCUGCAAGACUUUGAUACUACUGAAAAAGACAUUUAUGACGAUGGCGAAUCGAUAAGUGAAGAUAGUCAAAUAAUUGAAAGAGUUGACCUUCAAAAAGAGUCAUUUGUUCAACCAGCAGUUACAAAAAUACAAUCUUUAUCCAGUCAAACAGAAGAAUUGCUUAAACAAGAGCGACAAUUCGUUUCCAAAUUAGAACCUGGUCUUAAAGAAACUGUCAGUAAACCACAUGUUGUGAAAAAGAGAUCUAUUCUAGACGAUAGAUCUACUCAAGACUCUCUUGAUAGCUUGACAGAUGAUCUUACGUCUAUACCACAUGGAAGCAGUUCUGAAGAUGUUUCAAAAGAAACAAGUCUAGAGGAAAAAUACAGUUUUGAAGGAUCUGAAAAGUCUGAAAAGAAAUCCGUACGAAAACUACAUGCUGAUGAUACUACGAGCCAUAAAGUUGAACCAUUAUCAAUCGACGACUCUUUUACUUCAACACUGAAAGAUACCGAUUUGACCAAAGUGCAAGACGACAAAACACAGGAAUUAGGAUCACCAAAAGAUGAAAUACCUCUUUCUGAAGCAUCAGAUUCCGGAGUCCAUAGUAUACCCACCGAUGUAGGACUUAGUGACGACAAAAAUAUAACUCAAGCAAUGACUGAAAGUGCCGUUCAUCUUAUGGAGUCGAUACAAAAAGCAUUUGAAGAAGACACUGUACAACAAGGAAUUAAAACUGAGAGCUUAGAAUCUUUAGUAAGAGUUUCGACACCCCCAACCGUCCCAGUUAGUCCACUGCCUAAGACUCCUAGUAGCUUCCAAGAUGUCAAAAUAAGCGACGGCGUUCAGAGUGAAGUAACCUAUGAUAAGUCUGAUGGCAGCGAGGAAACAAUCACUAAAGUGGUACAUGUUGGAGAUGACGUUCUUACCCAAAGAAUUUCAACUUCAACAGAAAAAGUUCCAAAGAAAACAACUGCUCUUGUCGAUGAUGAAUCAGAUCUUUUAUCAUUGAUGCAAAAUGUUGGAAAGAUCAAAACCGAAACUGAUACUGUAACCAAAAUAAUUAAGGAAGGUGAAAAUGUUGUAACACAAACAAUUACCACUGUUACUACCAAAGAAGUAAUAUCAAGAGAAGACGGCACACCACAGAAUAUUAAGACCACAAUAGAAACUACUACAUUGAGCAAAGGAUCUGAUGGUUCUACAACUACUAUUAAAGAUACACAAACAUUACUCUCAGAAUGUUCUUCCAGCCUUAGAUCUACCUCAUCUAUGGAUUUGUAUGCAAAAGACAGAAUAGAUAAGGAAUAUUUAGAAAGUGAAGAAAAGUUCGAUAUUAGGGAUUUGACUGAUAAACGUGAGUCUUCCUUACCUAAAGAUGUAGAAUCACUCAAAUCCUUUUUAAGUGAGACUGAUGAGUCAGACGAUAACAUUGAAGAUACGAUUAUUGAUACAGAUGUAAGUAAACGAAUUAUUAAAGAAAACAACAAGGAUAUUGUCGAAACUGUUACAACAACAACAAAGAAAGAAACCAUUAAAGUAAGUGACCAUAAAAAAAUAAUUCGUACGACAGUAGAAACAAAUGUCGCUAAAGAGCAUCCUGAUGGUUCAAGAGAUGUACAGAAGAAUGUUGAAGUUAAGACUGAAGAAAUUAUUUUAGAUUCUAGCAGUAAUUUAGAUAAUAUACUUAAUGAGUUUAUUGUUUGUGGUGAACCUGAAGAAAGUGUCACCUCUAAAACAGAAGAAAUCAAACAAGACACUUUCACCAUUAGACGCACAAUAGUAACCAGAGUAGUUAAAACAAAAUAUGCCGAUAAACAAGGCAUCCCUAGAAAACUCAAGACUGACACAACUAUCACUACGACUGAUGAUUACCCAGAUGGUUCUUCUCGCACGAAAGUUGAUAGCAGUACAUCGCUGUCAGACAUUGAUAUCGAACAAGUAGAGACUCCUGAACUUCAAGAUUUAACAGUAGUAGAAGAUAAGGCGGUCGAAACAGACAGAAAUGAGAAAACUGUUAGUAUAAACGGAAAAAGUGCGUUGCAAAUUAUAACUACAACUACUACUAAAGAAACAUUAGCCUCAAUUGACAGGACUAAGAGAAAACUAAAGACCACAGUUGAGACUGUAACGGAGACAAUGCUUUCCGAUGGCAUGACAGAAGUGACGAAAGAUGUCAAAAUAUCUGUGUCAGACAUUGGAUUAGAUACUGUAGAAGAUAGUCUCGACGGCUUUGAAUCAAUUGGCAAACCCAAAGAGGACACUACUACAGAAACUGAAACAGUAACUGAAGACGGCCUUAUUAUAAAAAGAAAAACAACUGUAACUACUACUACACAAGAAUAUAUCAAUACAUCAAAUACUAUUAAGCGAGUAAAGACAACAGUCAAGACUGUUGUAGAAGAUGAACACCCUGAUGGUUCUGUUAUAAAGAAGACAAGUGAAAAGAUAUCUCUUACAGAUGAAAAUCUCAUAACAACGAACGAUGACUCCGAAGACGAAAAGAUUAACGCCAUUCUUAAGGAUUUGAUUUCAUCAGAACCUGAUGUAAGUGAAUCCGUGCAAAAAGAAGAAAUCAAAGAAAAGGAUAUUACCAUCCAUAGAACUAUUGUUACUAAAAUAGUGACGACAAAGUACUCUGACAGUCGGGGACAAUUACAAAAAAUUAAAACAGUCACUACAGUUACUACCAGUGAUCAAUAUCCUGACGGCACUACAAAGAUUACUGUUGAUACAAACACGACUAUUAAUGAUUUAAAUAUUGAAGAAGAGGUUCAAACGAAAAAGAAGGUUAGUGUAGAUCAGAGUACCUUGCCAGAACCUAAAGAAAAAGACCCAGAACCUAUUGUCAAUGGAGUUCAUGAAUCGCUAGACUCUGAAACUUUCAUAGAAGGAAAAUCAAGAACCGGUGAUAAAUUAACUGUCAAAGAAGAAUCACCGUCAGAAGAAGAACCUGCCCAAAGCAGUAAAGUCGACGCCGCCCUGAAAGACUUCAUCCCUGAAGGAGAACCAGAAAUAACUGAAUCUAGCGAAACUAUAGAUAUCAAGGAAAAGGAUACUGUUAUCCGCAGGAUUAUAGUCACUAAAAUAGUUAAAACAAAAUAUUCUGACAAACAGGGCAAUCUCAGAAAACUAAAGACUGUAACUACACUCACCACUACCGAUAACUAUCCAGAUGGGUCAGCUCGGACUACUGUUGAAAGUAGCACUUCAGUUACGGAUAUUGAAAUAGAAAUUACUGACGUCGUCGAAGAAGGUUUUGAUGCUGUUGGUGAUCCAAUAGAAGACACAACCACAGAAACUAAAUCUAUCACUGAAAAUGGUAUUGUGAUAAAAAGAAAAACAACUAUCACCACAAUAGUCCAAGAAUAUGCUAGUGCUGAACAAAAUAUUAAGCGAACGAAAACUACAAUUAGGACAGUAAUAGAAGAUGAAUACCCCGACGGUUCAGUCACAACAAGAGCCAGUGAAAAGGUAUCAUUAGUAGAUGAAAGUCUCAAGGCGCCUGAACCCACAGCAGAAGAAUUAGCCGAAAUAAGAAAAUUAGAAGCAGCGCUCCAAGACCUAUCUCCGUCAGGAGAACCUGAAGUAAGCGAAGACACCAAGGUUCAAGAAAUAAAGGAAGACGGGGUGAGCAUUAGAAGAGUCAUCAAUACAAAAAUAGUCAAAACUAAGUACUCUGAUAGUAAAAAUAUCAUACGAAAGAUGAAGACGGUUAAAACUGUAACGACAACCGAUGAAUUCCCAGACGGCGCUGCAAGAACAACUGUUGACACCAGUACAUCAGUAUGUGAUAUAAAAGAAGACAAUGUGGAGGUCCCUGUUCAACAAGUGACAGGCUACGAUCAGGUUGGGGAUGUUCAAAUCAAUGUCGAAACUAUUAAUAAUGCAGUAGUUAGAGACGGAAAAGAACUUCAACAAACAAUUACUAUCAAAACAACAAAAGAAGUUUUGGAAUCACAACAAGAGGAUAUUAAGAGGAAAGUCAGAACAACUGUAGAAACUGAGAGUCAAAUUGCACUACCCGAUGGUAACACGGAAAUCACAAGGGACAAAAAAGUGACAUUAGAUGAUUUUAAAAGCGAAACAUUCUAUGAAAACUUGACGGGAUAUGUAGAAAUUGAUAAACCAAAAGAAUCUGUUGAGACUGAAGAAGAUACAAUUUUCGAAAAUGGCGUGAAAAUAAAUAGAAAAACAACAAUGAAAACCAUAAAACAGGAAUUCGAAAAUCCCGCUACACUUUCAAGGAAAGUUAAAACUAUAAUUAGGGUUGAGAUUGAAGAUGAACAUCCUGAUGGUACAGUCAUUACUAAGAAGAAAGAAACUGUCACAAUCACAGACAUAGCAGGUUACCCUCCAAGAUCAAUGCAAGAUGCUCCUGGGCGUCCUGAAGAUUUACCGGUUGGUGAUUCUGAAAUUGUAGAAAGUCAAACUGAAGACUUAGACGUUAAAAAUGAAGAAAUCCAACGAGGGUCUAUUACUAUCAAACGCAAAAUUACGACAAAAACUAAACGCGAAUUCUUAGCUAGUAACGAUGUAAAUAUUAAACGAGUACGGACUACUGUUGAAACAACUACUGUCGAUGAAUAUCCCGACGGUGCUACUGAAACCACAAAAGAUGUAAAAAUAACUGUAUCCGAAUUCCAGAAGACAUCAGACAGUGAUCUACAAGCGGCGCUCCAGGGAUUAGAACCCACUGGUAAAAUUAAAACUUCCGUAGAUAAAAAGACUAAUAUCAUCAAAUCAGAACAUGGUGAAAAAAUUACUCAGACAAUCACGACUAACGUGACCAAAGAAGAACUUAGCAAUAGUAAAACAAAUGACGUUGCAGUAAAAACGGUCACAGAAACUAUUACGGAAAAUGCCAAAGACGACGGCACAGUUGAAACAACGAAAGACGUUCGUACACAAAUUACAUACUUACCACCAGGAACUGGUCUUGAUGACUGGUCUCCAGAAGAGCUUGAAGAAAUUGAAAAACAACCAGUAGCACAAGAGGAACGACAAGUUUUGGAUGAUAAGCCUGCCGUAAACCAGAAGCAACAUGAUGCAAAAGAAAAACAAGAACAAAAGCCGAAGAAACAACGUUCACCAGUUGGAGAAAUAACUACGGAAACUGAUACCUACACUAAAGUCAUCAAAGAAGGUGACAACGAAAUAACACAAACAAUAACGGUAGUAACAACAAGAGAAGUCAUUAGCCCUGAAAAAAUUAAAGUAACAGUUGAGACUACUACAGUUAGCAAAGGCAGUGAUGGGGUAACCAAGACAACUAAAUCUACUAAAACUACGAUAUCAGAGUUUAGAGAAGAGUUUGAAGAAACCGUUGAUACUGGUGAAAGUGAAAAAUCAUUCUCGAAAUUGUCUUCUAAGACAGGUGAUAUGCGAAGCUCAUCAGCAGCGAGCGAUGAUCUAGACCAUCCUGGCAUCGCAACUCCACCAUCAGAUAUUAGCUCAAGAGGGUCUAGGGCCGCCACUCAUAUUUGGGGCACGGAAAGCAGUGGAAUGUACUAUAGUGAUGAAGAAGGUCAGGGCAGCCCUAGCAGUACAAAAUCACAAAUUGCACACUCCCCUAGGUCCAAUCUCAGCUUUGAAUUAGACACCGCUAGGUCACAACAAGAUCUAUUCGAAAAACAUGAAUCAGGUUUAGACAAAGACAUUAUGACAACCUCCUUAUAUGGACACUUACCUGAAGAUGAUUCCUGCAAAUCCUCUUCACACUCUGAAGUUACCACAACUGAAGUACUCAGUGGCUCUGCAACUAAACUAACUAAAGAGUUCUUAAGCAAAGAAAGAUCAGAACAUAUAAAACACAGCGAUGCUACUUUCUUGAAAGAGGCUGACGAACAUUUUGAGAAAGCCAUUGAAGAACAUAAGAAGGUGAGCGGUUCUCAAGUUAUUUCAAAUAUAACAGCUAAAUAUGAACUUGAUUCGAAAUUCCAUUCAAGUUCAAGUCAUUCAUCAAAGGAGGAAAGUACAAUAACAUUAAAAGACAUUAAAACAGAAUCAAAAAAAUUGUCUGACAGCAGUUCAUCAAGCAAACAGGAAACUAAGUUGGAACAAUCUGAAACGACGAGCGAAACUCGUAAAACAUCCAAAGACCCGAUCGAGUCUUGGGGAAAGCCACUUGGUUUGCCCAGUCCAAUAGGGCCACCUACACAGACAGAUGGCAAGAGCACUCCUAAGAAGCAAUCUAGUGCAACAGUGUUAAACAAAAAUAAGAUCAACCAAGAGAAGAGCAAGGAAGCCAAGGGUCGCGCCUCGGAGUCUCCCAGCAAGAAGAAGGCUCCAGCUCCGGUGUACAUGGAACUUACUUAUGUUCCACACCACGGCAACUCCUACUACUCCGCCAUUGAAUUCUUCAAGCGAGUCCGUGCCCGCUACUACGUAUUCUCUGGUACUGAGCCUUCAAAAGAGAUCUACAAUGCUCUGCUCGAUGCCAAGAAAACAUGGGAAGAUAAAGAUUUAGAAGUCACCAUAAUUCCCACGUAUGACACCGACGUGCUUGGCUACUGGGUGACAGAGAAUGAGGAAGCUCUCGAGAAGUACAAGAUUGACCUGUCGCCGUCUGCGUCCCGGUGCACCAUCAACCUCCAGGAUCAUGAGACAUCGUGUGCGGCCUAUAGACUCGAGUUCUAGGUUUCGGGUCUAUUUGUAGCCUUCUCAUCGAAGAAGUGAGCCACUGUCGAGGAGUCAACGCUUGCGAACCGAAUGAACCAAAGAAAAGUGUAAUUGUUGUUGUAGAAAAAAAAAGGCUGUGAUAAUGAAAGAAAAGCUCGUAAGCAUUGACUCUUGAGGCCACUACUUCGCAUGAGAGUGUUUGCAAAUAGAUACUGAGUUUUUGUGAUAUUUGAAUGCAAUUAACAGACUGCUAAAGAGUUUGAUAAAAUCCUAGUUAAUAAUGAAAGUAACGAUAAUCCAAACGAAAACGAUAGUGCUGGUGUCAAAUGUGUUGUGCAAACCACGGCCGAUUCGUAACUCCCAAACUGACAGUGUCCUAACCACAUCCAAUUGUAAAGUCAAUAACCAAUUCUCGACCUAAGAACAGAGACGUCCAUUUUUUUCUAAAAUACAACUGUUUUCUAGUAGCUUGCCAUUUAAAGUAUAUUUCUGAUGAUGUUUUAAAAUUUGGUCUUAUACAAAACUGUAGUGCUUUUAUACAUGAUAUUUAGCGUAACCAGUCCAUUUUGUUUAGCCAAAACACCGCUUUGCGAUCAAAAUUUUUGGGGGAAUGAAAAAGAAAAAUUAUUUUGCUAUCGCCAUUUGUGAUUUACAAAUUGUACAAAAUGUCUUAGCGGCAUUUGUUUUGUUUAGCGUAGUCGCUUUAAAAGGACGUGAUUAACACAUGAUUGUCAUGGUAACUGACGUUAUUAUAAAACCUGAUGGUACUUUUUUAAAGGUUUAAAUAAAGAUAUACUUAUUAAACGUAAUAUUGUCUUAUAAAGACGUUCUUAAUAUGCUCGCUCGUCGAGCUAGUGCUACGUGCGCUAGUUUCUAUUCGUAUUUGUUAGAUGAGACUUAUUAUUACGACUCUAGAACGACAAAGAUGACUUCUCGUGUCAGCCUGUACCUCGUAAGUAAUUCAGUUAGAUGUAAGGAGUGACGUUUUCCACGAUUAUUUUCAACUCGAGCUUAUUUCCCUGCGAUUUAUAAUAGACGAACGGUGGUGAUGGAUUGUAGGGUUGCAACGUAACUUUUUAUAAAUCCAACAGAUGGCGUUGUUACGAAUACAGAUUCUGCAUCACGCUAACGAAAUUUAUCUUCUCGGCUAUUUAAGAAUAAGUUGCGCAAACAUCACGCGCUAACGCAACAUCGGUCUGUAUUCGUGUCGCCAACUUGGCUAACUUCAGAGUACUCGCACAAGGUAUUAGAUACAGAGUCGAUUAUAAUUGGAACAUCCUGCAACUCCAAUAUUAAUCGAAUGUGUGUCAGAUGCUCUUGUACGAGCCUCUGAUGAAAUACUGCAAUCGAUCGCCACCCUUAACUGAAGACAUCUGUGUUAUUCUAGACCAACAGUGAGCCUAAAACGAUAGAGAGCUUAACCAAUAUAAAUAAUAAAUGUUUUAGUAGAAAACUAUUAUUAAAGAAUUCAUUAUAUUUACCUCUGUUUAAGUUGAUACUUGCUUGUUGCGUCGAGGUACCUAUAGGAAUAUAACAUAGUUAUAAUUACGUGUUAUAUAAAAUUUACUCAUUUCCAAAAGAUUAUUAUUAUUAAAAUAAAACGAGAUUUCCGAAUCUCUAUUUGUAUUACGUUGGCAACUAUAUAUUUUUCGGUCUGUUGUAUUUUUGUUUGAAAUUUCUAGUCGAGGCGACCCAAAUACUUAUAAAAAUCGUUAUAGUCUUAUAAAAUUCGUUCCUAUUCAGAUGAAUUGUUUUUUAAGAGUUUUUGUAAUGUUUUUUUGUCGAAGAUGAAAUCCUCAUGUAAUUAUAGAUAAAGUACUCCAUUAGGUUACAGAUUUGUUUCAAAACGUUAUGUUCGGAUGUGAGCGAAUGUGAUAAUGAUCCAUAAAUGAUUCAGCAUCUAGUGAGUAAGCAGUGUUGAAGGCUUUCCUCAGAAACACAGCAGCGAGCAUGUUCAGCCUGUCGGCAGACCAGCACCGUUCCAUCAGACGGGUCACUGCUCGCGUCUCCACCAUGCAUUGUCCUUAUUUGCCAAAUAUCCAAUGAAAGUGUUUGAGUCAAUUAAUUUUAAGUCAUCCAUAGCUAUAAGUGGAUUAAUGUCACACAACAAUCGCUUACUUCGCUAACAUUGUCUUAAUAUAGAAACUAUAGCGAGAACAAUUCGUAUUCCGAACCGCACCAGCACAAUGUAUUAACAUAUAAAAAAACUUUAAAAAAUUGUAAACAAAUACAUAAAGAAUACUUUAUUUAUUUUAAUUUUUUAUGUAUGUCCACGAAUGAGUUUUUAUUUUAUAGUUUAAAAUACAUAAUUAAUAUAGUAUGUGUUACUGUGUGGAUUGAUGUGAGCACAAUAUUGUUUCAUUAUGUGGUUUUGCUUUAGGUAGUUCGGAUGGGACUAAACAGGGAUGUGAGGAAUACCUGGGGGGAGGCGGGUCUGAACCGAUGCUACUGCUGUCGUGACACUGUUGGCUUCUCCAGUCAAUUUUAGUAAUAAGCUCUUCCAUCGCUACAUUGCUAAAAUACAGCAUUUUGAGAUUGAAACGCCCAAACCGUGAUGAUCUUAGUGUUUUGACGAAUCAAUUUCAUGAUGACGAAUACGCUAAAGUUUGCCACUUUAUAUUCUCAUGACGAGUGCAUCGGUGACGACAACUAUAUCGCUUUGAAUAAAAAGGAUUUUGAGUAUCUUUUUUUUAAAUAGGCUUUGUUACUUUCAGCCAGCAUCCACUGUCUAGCUGGCCGUAAAGCCUGACCCUAAAGUUUACUAUUGUAUUUUAUAGCUAGAAUUCUAAAUAAUGCAUAUUAUUAGGAAUAUUAAAAAUGUUAUUAAAAUUAAGAAUUGUAUCAGCUUAGUGAACAUCAAUAGCUCUGAGAAAUAAACCAUUAUUGAAAUUAUUAAA